AUGCCCCCACGCUCGUCAGCUUCCAAGGUGGACGCUUCCAAGACCAAGAGCAAGGCCUCGGCCAGCGCCGGGGCUACCAACCUUACUGGGCCGUACGACCCGUUUGCGAGCGGCGACCCGUUCGGCGAAUCGACGACCGUCAAGAACGUCGUCCCUGUCAAGACUGAGAAGAUCCACAUUCGUCUUCAGCAGCGCAAUGGUCGCAAGACCAUCACCACCGUCCAGGGUAUCCCGGACAAGUAUGACCCGAGAAAGCUCCUCAAGGCCAUGAAGAAGGAGUUCGCGUGUAACGGCCACGUCGUCCACAGCGCGGACUCGGACGACGAGGACAGCCCCGCCCCCGGCAAGAAGGACGAGCACGGCAAGGUUCUUCAGUUCCAGGGUGACCAGCGUGUCAACGUCAAGACCUUCCUCGUCGACUCGGGCCUGCUUUCCGAGAAGGAGGCCAAGGACCAGAUUGUCAUCCACGGCUACUAAGAGCCGGCAAUGGGUCCUCGUCCUGCCUAGUGUGUGGCGCUGCGCGCGCUGCACUUCGAAUCCUCACCACCCGCCAUGUACUAGAUGUCGGCAGUGUACUGUAUCUGUCAGCGCUGAGAGACCCAUGCAUUGAUUCGUGUGUG